AGAAAAUAAAUAAUAUCGGAGCUAAUUUAGUUGCAUUUAGAAAUAUCAUUGCGAUUAAAAAAUAUACAGGAAUUAUUACCGAAUCAUAUACAUGGCACUGUAUUCUAAGAACGAGCAGCGAAGCUCUAUCACAUGAAACAUGAUCACAUAAAGAAUUAUGAGCAAAUUUUAUUUUUUGUUUUUGCGAUAAGUAUGGUAUGCAACUAGCUACGCUCUAAGUAUACAAUAUAGCAACGUUAUUUAAUUAUUAAUUUGGGCAUAUAUGAUCAGAAUUUCUUUACAAGAGGGGAAUGCAAAAUUUUUAUGCACUCCAUUGUUGUAUGCUUCAUUAUUAUUGUUCUUAUUAUAUUUCUUUAUAUGACUUUACAAUCGGUUUUAUUAAUUAUUGAGAUCUUUAAUUUACUUGUUUGUCGAUGUAAAUUGGUAACAGAAUUAUCUCGAUAAUAAUUCUUAAAGAGAUUUUGUUGCAAUGGAAAUGAAAAGUCAAUUAUAAAAACUCUAGUGGCGACAAGUUAAAUCAAAAGUCUUGUUUGGCUUACGUCAUGUACGAGGUAAGAGGAAUGUCUACGAAUUCGAAAUAACAACAAAAGGUAUCAUGGCGUCUAAAACCCAUGUGGACAGCACGGUUAACGAACGUCGACUCCGCCCAAUUUAUGCUACCUGUUUUCCCGCCGGAUCAAACCGGCAGAGAGGUUAUGUAAUGCCGGGAUACCGUUCUCGCAGACUGGCUCGAUAAUGGAAACAAUAAGAAGGCCCUACAAGAGGCGGAUAAGGUACUCAGAAAGCAGCCAGGUAAUCAGUGUGCCAGGGUUCUCAAGGCCUUGGCUCUUCUUCGGCUUGGUAAAGAAGAUGAGUGCCAACUUAUCAUGGAUAAAGUUCGUGCUGAGGUGCCCUGCGAGGACUCUACUCUACAGGCUAUGAGCAUUUGCUACAGAGAGAUUCAUCAGCCUGAUAAAAUCAGUGAAGUGUAUGAAGCUGCAGCAAAGAUUGAUCCUACCAACGAAGAAUUGUUAACUCAUCUCUUCAUGUCGUAUGUGCGGCUUGGAGAUUUCAAGAAACAGCAGCAGACUGCCCUUGCCUUGUACAAGCUGAAACUGAAGAAUCCAUAUUACUUUUGGGCUGUUAUGAGCAUAGUAAUGCAGGCUUUAAAAGCUGAUGAGAAGCUUGCUAAAGGAAUUAUCCUUCCACUGGCCGAGAGAAUGGUGUUAAAAUUGGUCAACGAAGGAAAGAUGGAAGCAGAACAGGAACUACAACUGUACUUGAUGAUCUUGGAGUUGCAAGGAAAAGAUGAAGAAAUUUUGAAUGUACUCUCAGGACCUCUUGCUUCCCGCCUUUCCGCUGUACCUCAACGGAAAGCUAGCCUACUGUUACAAUUACAACGUUAUCCUGAGGCUUCGGCUGCUUUCAAAGAACUCAUUAAUCAAGAUAUCGAUAACUGGGCUUAUUAUCAAGAUUAUUUAAAAGCCUCACUAAAACAUCAAACACCUAAAGAAUGUUUAGACUUUUUAAAUGAAACUGCAGCAAGUACCCAGGGAACAAAAGCCAGAGCUCCUCAUCUAGCCAGAUUUGAGCUAUUGGUUCAGAUACAGGACUCUGAAGAAGCGCAAAAAUUACUUGAUCCUGUACAGUUAAUGCGUCAGUACUUUGCAAUGUUUGGUGAGAAGAGUUGUGUUGUUGGUGAUUUAAAAUUAUAUCUGAAUCUCCUUACAUCUCCUAGCAAGCUGAAUCUACUUCAACAGAUUAAUGAAGAUGUAGGCGUGAAGUCGGAUGAGUAUCCAAAGACUAUAGAACAGAUGCAGAGACACAUUCAUAUGAAGCAAUUGCAGCGCAUUUGUGGAUUACACCAUUGUCCCAUUGCUGAUAGAAAGGAAAGAGAAAAAUUAGCAGAAAGACUUCUUGACCUUUAUGAUGAAGGAAGUACUCUAAGUCCUUUCGAGGAUAGACUGCCUACUGAUUUUUGUCCUGCGGACCCUUAUGCUCUUCUGGCAUCCCAUCUGCUUCAUCAGCUUUAUUUUGAGAGUAACGAUGCAUCAUAUUUAUAUAGGGCAAUGGAAUUGUUGGAACGAUGUUUAUUGUCGAGUCCUGCUAAUUUUCAUUUAAAAAUUUUAUUGGUGCGAAUAUAUCUUGAAGUGGGUCUAAUUGGUGGAGCGGAUCAUGCAUUUACUUUAUUGGAUGCCAAGCAUAUUCAACUUGAUUCUUUGGGCUAUUUACAUACGCCUCUUCUUGCACCUCUUGGCCACUUGUCUCGAGCGUCUGCGACACUUGAUCAUGCUGCCAAAUUCUUCGUAGCCAAUUACAAAGAUAGUGCGGAUCAUUUAACAUUUGCCUACAAAUAUGGAAGUUUUGUCAAAAUUCAGGAAUUCGUCGAACUGAGGGAAAGACUAGAGAAUUCCUUUCAUUUCGCCAUGACAACCGUAGACAAGAUGUUACUCGAGCUCAGCUGGUGCGAUAGUCCAGGAAUGCUAUUUAAUACAUUAUCAACAAUGCGUAUACAGCCUCACGAGGAUUCCAUCAGAUGGGAUCUUUUGCGAGAUAAUCGUGACUUAGAGGUAAUCGUAGGAUGGGAACCGUUAUCAGAAAAGAAUGAGGAUUUGCGUAUGAAGGAAGAGACACGCGAAUGUAUGUUGCGUCUGCUUGCGGCGCGGAGUCUGAUAUUGCGUAUAAUAGCUGCUUGCGCGGAAUUCGACGCUUCGGCGCCGACGUCGCAGUCAGAUUCGACAUCGCCGCCGUUACUCGCGCGUUUGUCUGCGCAGUUGAAGCAAUUGGCAACUGAAGAAAUACCAGCGACUUUACGCAAAUUUGAAGACCCGGAGAAGUCUGGAGUUAUCAACUACAAGGCCUCCAGUGUCCUGGUACCAAUGGACGCGCUGGCGCGCUUACGCGAGGCAUAUGAAUCCGAGCAAUUAAUAACAGUUGUCCAAUUAGCUGAUUCGCUUACGCAAUGUUCAUAUCCGGAUGUUAAAUGCCUCGAAGCUCUUCGUUCAUCGGCAUCUUUGCAAACCUUACACCUGCCUGAGUUCGAUUCGCCUGUUUCUUAUAAACCAUUUUUACUGAGAGCAACGACAUGCGGCGAGACUUUAGCAUUUUUGGCUGCCAUGUGCAGCGCGUGUGCGACGCAGAUGCAGCCGCGUAUGUCUAAUAAGAAGAACAGAAAGAAAUUGGCUGGCAAGGAAAAUUCAUCCUUACCAUCCUUAUCUUCAAUUUCUGACCAUCUUCAGAGUUGGACGGACGUUGGCACGUUUCUUGCUGAGAAAGCGAAAAACUUGGAAACGGCUCUGUCCGGAUUAGAGAAUCUUCGAUUGCAGACUGGUAUAAAAUCAGAUGCGGAUACGAAGAAGGUUACUGCAACUGCAAUAGUCUCUGACCGUGGAGAAGCAAGCAUAGUUCAAAGCUGCCUAGUGUUGACUUCGCGUGAACAACUCACUCUUAAACUUAUAAACAGCCUAAGAAGCUGAAAAAUCUAGGUCUCAGUUCCCUGUAAAAAGAAGGCCAUCCAUCCAUCUACUCGCUUCCUUAUACGGCGAACACGAUCGUUUAUCGUUUGUGUACAUAAC